GAAUCUUGUUAUCGUUGAAGAAACUCAAUUACAGUUUCUGUUUCUUCCUGAAUAUGGCAGCAAUAGCAGGAGGGUCAUUUGGAGUCCCAAGCUCUCGUAUCUCUAUAACCACUCCAACUCUCUCUUCCUCUUCUUUGCUUCCACCACUAACAUUGCAAUCAGGUAACAAAAAGGACAACCAAUUACGGUGUGCCGUGCAAGAGUCUUCCACUUCUGCUGUCACUACUGAGAAGAAAGACAACGAAGACAAAAAUGAGUCAACAGUGGCGAUUCCGGCAAAGAAACCUAAGCCCGCAGCUGCGAAAGCAGCUGUAGUGGCGAAACCGCUGAGACAAAUGAUGGAAGAAGACGUGAUUCCUCCUUUAAAAGCCAUUCUUGAAUCUCAAGACGAUAUCUCUGAGAUCGAUUUAUCUUACCAAGACGAUAAGUUGGAAGGUUAUUUCUUGAAGAAAAGUAUUCCAUAUUCCUUUUGGGCCUUCUUCCCUACUGGAAACCUUACAGGAGCAAAAGGAUUUUCAAUUUCCUCACACGGGUCAGGUCCGAGCACCGUGGAGCCCUUUCUAGUCGACGAGAGGAAACCAACCGCAAACCACGUUGUGUUUUGGGUCGAGAAGCGUCUUGCUGCACAAGGGAUUAUCCCUGUUUGGAACCAGUGAGGUUUUUAUUCACUUGUAAUUAUUACAUUUAUAUACCAAAAAUUGAAGAAAACUUAAAAAUCCUU